AUGAUAGGUAACAUAGCCCUGCAGAGGAGUGGGACUAUGAUAGGUAACAUAGCCCUGCAGAGGAGUGGGACUAUGAUAGGUAACAUAGCCCUGCAGAGGAGUGGGACUAUGAUAGGUAACAUAGCCCUGCAGAGGAGUGGGACUAUGAUAGGGAACAUAGCCCUGCAGAGGAGUGGGACUAUGAUAGGUAACAUAGCCCUGCAGAGGAGUGGGACUAUGAUAGGGAACAUAGCCCUGCAGAGGAGUGGGACUAUGAUAGGGAACAUAGUCCUGCAGAGGAGUGGGACUAUGAUAGGGAACGUAGCCCUGCAGAGGAGUGGGACUAUGAUAGGGAACAUAGUCCUGCAGAGGAGUGGGACUAUGAUAGGUAACAUAGCCCUGCAGAGGAGUGGGACUAUGAUAGGGAACAUAGUCCAGCAGAGGAGUGGGACUAUGAUAGGGAACAUAGCCCUGCAGAGGAGUGGGACUAUGAUAGGGAACAUAGUCCUGCAGAGGAGUGGGACUAUGAUAGGUAACAUAGCCCUGCAGAGGAGUGGGACUAUGAUAGGGAGCAUAGCCCUGCAGAGGAGUGGGACUAUGAUAGCUAACAUAGUCCUGUAG